CGGUGCAACAUUCCAGUCGAUGGGGAGGACUCCCGUGUGCAACUCUAGAGGAAGAUAUCCUCCUUAGUCAGAUGAGGAACGUCGCCUUGACCUUCGACGGGAUUGAUGCAAUUAUUUCGGUUCGGAAUGACAUAAUUAAGAUCCUCUUCCGUUAUUUCCUUUCCACUAAACCCAUCGGCGAACCACUCGACAAUGCCGUUCCAUACACUGUCCCACGCCAAUGUUGGCAUUAGUCGAGAGCGGGUGUUUCGGGACGCAUUGAGUGGACUCUCUGACGUAAUAUCAUGGGGGUAUUUUCCCAACACUCGACCUCCCCGUAGGCCACCUCCCAGGAUGAAAUAGUUUCCACCCCAACCGUGAUCGGCGCCUAGAUUGGAAUUUGGGGACAUAGUUCUGCCGAAUUCGGAAGACACUACAAUCACGACAUUAUCCCAGAUUCCGUCCAAUUUCAGCUGCUUCACUAAUCGUUCCAGGUUCCGGUUGACUGUGGGAAGCUUCUCUUUGAGUCCGGCCUUUGUAUUCUGGUGGUGAUCAAAGCCACCGAAUUCGAUAGUGAAGGUGUCACGGUCCGCCUUUCGAAAGGUUCGGGUUUUGAUCAUUUUGGCAAGCGUGUUGAAACUUCGUACCAGUUUGUCUUCGUCCUCGAUCGUAGCCCAAAUCGAUUCAUCGACACUCACUUUAUCAAAAUAUUCCGUUAAGCGCUCGCCAUCAUCGAUACCGCUAGUAAAUACUUUCGACCACGUGUCCCCAAAAAUACCAGAAAAGGCGUCUUGCUCGCCGUUCAAAUCGGCAGCAUAGCCCUCGAUGUCGAACCAUUCCUCUGAUCUUGUUACCUUCGGGAAGGUGAUUGGGCCGUCUCGGCCAACGACUGCCGUGGGGACCUCAAUAGCUGGAUUACCGGCAAGUGCGAUAGAAUUACCCUGGAUGCCGAUGGCGUUGACCCCGCUGUUGAAUUUGUCGUGCAAAAGGUCGGACAUCCUACCCAAAAUGCCGCUUCCUGGGAGAGUGUCAUAGGGAUCGGUCUUCUUCACUUCCUUUUGCAUAGCACUGUGACCAAACAGUCGAGUUUUUGUGACAGCAUCCCAGUUGUCUCGGUUCAUGUUAUUUUGGUUUACCACUCCAGUAUUUGCAAAGAACAAUAAAUCUCCGUCGUCGUAAAGUUCUUUGAUAAACGGCAGGUCCGGAUGGACGGCAAAUUCUUCGCAUGGUUGGUCCUCACCACCUGGUGUAAUGGUCAUAUCCAAUUCGUUUUUAUCGUAGGCCAAGACUCCCCGUACCUGUGAGUAUUGCACGUCAACCGUCGUUCCUUUCUCGUUUGUCCCACUACAGGACUUCGGUAUUAAGACACUGUGGCUAUCCAAUCCGCCAGCCAGCAUAAAGUGGACCACGGUCUUGUAUGUAACACCCGUAGGGUCUUUCUCUACRAAAGAUGGUCGCCUUUCGUUCGUUUUCCGCACCAACGAAUUGGUGCUAAAUUCCGGGGAA